UCCCGCUUGGCAAAGACGUCCACAACAUUCAACAAAAUGGACGAGCUUUAUUUGGAUAACAUCGACGAAUAUGUCAACGACCAAGAUAAGAUCGUGACCUACAAAUGGCUGAGUCUCACUCUGGGGGUCCACGUCAACACAGCCAAGCAGAUGCUCUUCCAUUAUUUGGAUCACAAGAGGAAGGAGAGUUCCGCUCAGCUCAACGCCACCUACCUGGUGUCGGGGAAGUUUGUGGACAACGGCCAAUCGAGUCACAGGGUGUCGGUGGUCAAAGAGGACAAGCUGGAAGAUUGUAAAUCCAAGAUGAGCCUGGUCGUCAGCGUCCACGUCUACAGCGUCCAGAAGGCGCUGCUGAAGGACAGCGGCCCGCUGUACGGCGUCGACUACGACGCCGUCAGAGACAACCUGAAGGACUGCGGCAGACACAGCGCCAUCCGCUGUGCGGGCGCCACGCCCGUGAGGCCCCCGGCGCCGGAGACCCAACGGGCCGCGACCCCGGAGCCCCGAGACAACGUGGCCGGCGUGACCCGGGAGGCCGGCGUGGCCCCGAAGCCCGCCGCCAAGCCGCAGAGGGGCAUCAUGGAAAUGUUUGCGAGUAAGCCCGCUCCGAAGAACCAAGAUGGCGGCAGAGACGGGAAGGAGGGGCAGAAGGAGGAGGAGCCCACGGUCGACGCCCACAAAAGCAAACCCGACUCAAAAGCCAAUCUGAUGAACUUCUUUGGGAGUCAAGCAGCAAAGCGAGCCGUGAAGACGGACGACGCCGAGCGGCAGCGACCGACGACCUCGACGACCCGAGAGAAACCAGCUGCUGCUGUGGAGCUGCAGCAAGACUCAGAGGAAGAGUCCGAGAAAGACUCCAGGACAGACUCCUCUAGGAAAGACUCCUCUAGGAAAGAGUCCUCCAGGACAGACUCCUCCAGGACAGACUCCUCCAGGAGCAAAACCAAGCGGCUGGUGGAUUCUGACAGCGAAGAGGAGAAGAUGGAGAAGAAGAAGAGGCGGAGGAUCAAGAGGCCGGAACCCGACAGCAGCGACGACGACGUCAUUCCAGACUCUCCACAGCCGAUGGAAACGAGGGACCCGUCACCGAAGAAGAAGGCCGAGCCGGUGUCUCGUUCACAUCGGGGGGACUCCGAGAUGAAGACGAGAAAGAGGAGACGGGUCCUGAAGUCUCGGACGUUUCUAGAUGACGAAGGAUCCAUCGUGACGGAGAAAAGCUACGAGAGCGAGUCGUACUCCGAAGCCGAGGACGACGUUCAGGCCGUGACACCGGCGCCCAGAAACCCUGCCGCCGGAAAGCUGCCGGCCGGCCCCAAGCCGGACGACAAGAGGAGCCACAAGAAGACGUCUGCCGCCGCAAAUAAAGGAACCAAGCAAGCCUCCAUCAUGGGGUUCUUCCAGAAGAAAUGACGGAGGACUUCUGGAGAAAGCUCACCGCCUCGAGGACUUCACCUCCACGGACACGUCAGGGUGACCACCAGAACCCAGAUGUUCUCCUCAAUAAACACAAUGCUUACACCAAA